GUACGGUGCUUCAUCUGAGCUUCAGUCUUGCUUCACUCCUCCAUAUACUCGCCUUUCCAGUUACAAGAGUUCUAGAGUCUUUCAAAGGACUUCGCAGACCAGGGUUAAGCAGAACUCCUGACGCACACAACCAUGGCUCCUAAGGGAGACAGCCCCGAGACCGUUGAGCUCGUUGAGCUCUUCAAGUCCAUUGGUCUCACUCAGUCCAAGGCCGCCGAGGCCGCCAAAUCCGCGAAGAGUGCCGCUGUACUGAAGGAGAUCAUAGAGACGAAUGAUCUUCCCAGCAAGCAGAUCGAGGAGAAACAGGCCGUACUCCUAGCAAGCCUCGCCGUGCAGGGUUCGAAGCUAGCAGAGCGCGAACGCGAGUAUGCUGUGACGGCGAUCCUCGAUGGAAGACUGAAAACAACAGACCAGGUGUCAGUUGCGACAAAAUACCUGGAGUCUCAUACUCUGCCAAUCGAUGGCGCUGACUUCGACAAGAAUUGCGGCGUAGGCUUCAGCGUCACCCCCGAGCAACUCGCAGCGCAGGUGACAGACUACCUCACGUCCAGUGCUGUGACUGGAUGGGCCAACCUGGGAGCUACCAUCGGCGCUCUUAAGAACACGGACUUGCGCUGGGCGAAUCCGCUUGAGCUGAAGAACGCGAUAGAGAAGGGGUUCCUGGAGAAGUUUGGGCCAAAGGAGGCAGCCAAGCCGAAGGGCAAGGAGCCAAAGAAAGAGGCUCCCGCAAAAGCUGCUGCCGCAUCGACCGCGACCGCCUCUGCAUCAGCUACGUCUUCCAAGACCGUCUUCUCCGAGGGCUUCCUUGGGCGACUCCACAAAGUCGGCGAUAACCCUCAGACCCACCCGCAUCUGCGUGAACACCAUGUUGCCGCAACAGGUGGUCUUGUACAUACCCGAUUCCCGCCAGAGCCUAACGGCUUCCUGCACAUCGGGCACUCCAAGGCAAUCUUCGUCAACUUUGGGUAUGCGGCGUACCAUGGAGGUCGCUGUUACCUCCGGUUCGACGACACCAACCCAGAGGCGGAGGAGGGGCGGUACUUCGAGAGCAUCCUGGAGACGGUCCGAUGGCUUGGCUAUGAGCCGUGGAAGAUCACGUACUCGAGCGACUAUUUCGACAACCUUCACGAGUUUGCCAUUGAGCUGAUCAAGAGGGACAAGGGAUACGUGUGCCAUUGUACAGCGGAGGAGAUCUAUGCAAACCGUGGAGGCGACAACUACGGCCCGCGGAUAGCGUGCGCACAUCGCACACGACCGAUCGAAGAGUCCCUGGCCGAGUUUCAGAAGAUGAAGGAUGGCUUCUACAAACCUGGCCAGGCAAUUCUUCGAAUGAAGCAAGAUCUGGAGUCGGGAAACACGAUGAUGUGGGAUCUGGUUGCGUACCGAGUGCUCAACUCACCACAUCACCGAACACAUGACAAAUGGAAGAUCUACCCGACAUACGACUUCACCCACUGUCUGUGCGAUAGCUUCGAGAACAUCACACAUUCCCUCUGCACAACAGAGUUCAUUUCGUCGCGCGAGUCCUACGAAUGGCUGUGCGAUGCCCUGGAAGUGUACAAGCCCCGUCAAUCCGAGUACGGCCGACUCAACGUCACGGGCACCAUCAUGUCAAAACGCAAGAUCCUCCGGCUCGUCAAGGAGAAGUACGUUCUCGACUGGGAUGAUCCUCGCCUGUACACUCUCAUCGCGUUGCGGCGUCGCGGUAUCCCUCCAGGGGCGAUCAUUUCCUUCGUCAGCUCGCUCGGUGUGUCCACAGCGACCUCGAAUAUCCAGGUCGUCCGGUUCGAGCAGACGGUCAGACAGUACCUCGAGAGCACUGCACCGCGACUGCUCAUGGUCCUCCGACCACUCAAAGUCACGAUAGAGAACGUGCCCGAGGACUACCUCGUCUGGCUGGAGAAGCCCUUGCACCCGAAGGUGCCCGAGCUGGGGUCGUCAAAAGUACCCUUUACGCGUACCAUCUACAUUGAUGCAGACGACUUCCGGCUCGAGGAUUCCAAGGACUACUUCAGGCUCGCUCCAGGAAAGACUGUCGGCCUCUUCCAGGCGCCUCACCCGAUCACUUGCACAUCGUACAAGACGGAUCCCACAACGGGCGCAGUCACCGAGCUCGUUUGCCGUCUCGAGGAUGGCGAGGGAGCAGGGAAGAAGCCGAAGGCGUUCAUCCAGUGGGUCGCGGAGCACGCGCCGUCCGGCAGCCCCGUGCGCGUGGAUGAGACGCGGAUCUUCUACCAGCUGUUCAAGAGCGACAACCCGGCUGCGGCUAUCCCCGACUUCACAGCGGACAUCAACCCAGAUAGCCUUGAAGUCGUCAAGGGGGCGAUGGUCGAGGUGGGCUUCUGGCGGCUGGCGAAGCAAGCGUACUCCGACGCGAGGAAAGACAGCAAGGCGCGGACGGACGAGGCGCUGAAGGCCGCUGCCAAGAGCGAGGGCCCGGCGGCAGCGGACGAUGACACGCCGAAGGCAACGAGUGAGCAGCUGGUCGGGAAGGAGUGCAUACGGUUCCAGGGUCUGCGGGUGGCGUACUUUGCCACUGACAAGGACGCGAGGCUGGCGUGUCUGGAGGAAGCGGAAGGUGUGGAGCCUGUACGGAAGGAGGGCGACUACAUUGUGCUAAACCGCAUCGUGAGCCUGAAGGAGGACUCGGGGAAGGCAGCGUAGAUGGAAGCACAUCACAAGAAGUCUCAUGUACUAUACCUACUCUACUAAAGACUAAACCCAUAUUGUAGCAAUCAGCUCAAAGUGUUCGUGCGAUGUAUGGUACUUUCGUGACGAUGUGCGCGGGCCGAUUCAGCCGAC